CAUGUCUAGGAAGCUGCGACCCCGCGUCUCCGAGAUGGGCCCGCGGCAGUCCGGCCGCCGCAGAGCGGGAACUUCCUGGGGACCCCCGGGAGUCUCCGUCAGACGCGGGCCUUGCCCCCCAGCGCUGCGCCCCGCGCGCCAAGUCCCUGGCGGCAGCCAGAGCGCCGACGUCCAGGCGGAGGCCCCGGCCACCAGCCGGCGGCUAGAAGACCUCAGGCGGCGGCUGCUGCGCGCCGUCCAGUGGGUCGUGCCGCGCGGGCACUCGAGGCGCUCGCAGGUGCAGGCGGCGGCGGCGGCGGCGGCGGCGGCGCGGGAGCAGGAGGGCCGGGCGCGCGUCGAGCUGGUGAGCGCGCGGGGCGGCGGCGCGCGGGGCGCCCUCUCCGGGGACCCCAGGGCUUGGGAGGCCGACGGAGCUUUUCGCAGGGCGGGAGAGACGAGGGCCGCGGCGACGGGGAGCCAGGCACUGGCCGUCGACCUUGCGUGGACGCGGCUCGUGUCGGACACGGCGUGGCCCCCGCCUCCCCGGCGGCACCGGGGUGGGAAGCGGUCUGCAGGCCCCGGCGCGGCGGCACCUCUGGAAAUGCAUUUCCAAAAUCUGCAGCUGGCCAGAACUUUACUGGAUUUAGACAUCAAAAUGGAGCAAUUGAAAAAGGAGUAUGAAUUGGAAAUUGCAUCAGAAUUUCAAAGCUCAGAAGAUAAUGCUGGGAAUCUGGAAUAAGGAAAUGUACAGUUGAAGAUCUGAACUCUAAAAAGAACAUAGACAACUCUGAAGCAACUCCGACAGUAACAUUAUGGAUGCUUUGCAUAAGAUUUUAGGAGCAAUUUGUACAGCAAAAACUUAGAUACAAUGGGAGAGGGGAAAGAGAAAAUGGUGUUUUAUCAAGUUUUAACAUUAUUUUCUCAUUGUUUCGGCUGGGAACUCAAAGUGAAAAAAAAAAACAAAAGUAUCAAAGAAUGCCUGUUGCCAGUUUCCAGCAUUCUAUCUUGUGCCACCUUAACUUUCUGGAAUUACUUGAACUUUCAGAAUCUGCACAUGUUUUUGUUUUACUUAAUUAUUCUUGGUUUGUCUGUCCAUUUAGCUUUCACUAUAUAUAUAUAUUUUUUUUUGAGAAUUAUUUCUACCUAGAUUACAACCAUACUCUUUGGGUAGAAUCUGCCAUUAAGGGUGCCCCACCUCCCUGGAUGCAGAUCACACAGACCAAGGAAGGUUGAGCAGCUUGUCCACAAGUUCUUGAACUAGAACUAAGGGAGUAGAUGAGUAUUCCCUGACGAGAGAGAAGCUGUGAAAGAGGGGGGCACGGAAGCUCCUGGUGGCCACCAUGAGAGAAGGUGUGAGUGCUCAUGAAGGAGGUUGAAACUGAACCACUGA